AUGGCGUACUUAGGAAACUUGCCUAUUUUUGACCAUAAGUCCUGCGAGUGGUCAAUAUUUAAAGCCAGACUGUCACAAUUUUUAAAAAUAAACAAAAUAGAAGAAGGAAACAAGAGUGGAAUACUGCUUACACAACUUAGCGAGGAGUCGUUUCGUUUAGUACGAAACUUGGCGUACCCGCAGAAGCUGGAGUUGUUGAGCUAUGCGAGCCUCGUACAAUUACUCGACAGCCAUUUCAAGCCGAAGCAAUGCUCGUUUGUGGACAAGGCGAAUUUUUAUGGAGCUAACAGAGGGUCAGGCGAAUCAUGGGGAGAAUGGGCGGCGCGACUAAGAGGACUCGCAAGCUAUUGCGAUUUCGGCACCGCUCUGGAAACGAACUUAAGGGAUCGUUUCGUUCUCGGCCUGGGCUCAGGUCCAGAACGCGACAAGUUGUUCGAGCAGAAUCCGUCUACACUUACGCUGACACGUGCUAUCGAGCUGGCUGAACAGGCAGCUUGCGCCAAACAGGCGAUGGGAAUGAUGUGCAACAGUGAAGCUAUCCCUGUUAAGGAGGAGCCGGUAUAUCGAGUGCGAGAUCAACGUCAACCCGGUCGGGUCAGUGGUGCUCGGCGGGCAGACGGCGGGUAUGCUGCCUCAUCGCGCUGCGCUGUUUGUGGGAUGCAAAAUCACCAAAACCUGCAGCCUACACUUUGCCCAAAUGUUGAAAAUAGUGUGGAUAGCGGCAGUGGGGAGGAACUAGUUCACAGCGAGGGCGCAGAGUGUAGUCGCGAAAACACAGGCGUGUCCGCGCCGCUAAGAGUGAGUGACAACACGGGAAGCAGCGAAUUAGGGAAAUUCCUU